AUGCCCCGGGAACAUUCCUGCACCGAGCCAGGGUGCGGAAAGAGGUUCCUUCGAGCUGAGCAUCUGGCCAGACAUCGGCUGAACCACAGCCCCAAGCAAAUAUAUCAAUGCCCGUCAUGUCCCAAACGCUUCGUCCGAAAGGACUUGCUCAGGAGACAUGAGGAACGCCAUGCCAAGGGCAUGUGGUUCCGCAACUCAGGCGGGUUCGUGGCAGCCAAUAACUCCGGCUCUUCGCAUGAAUCUUCAGAGGUUCCGCCUCAAUCUGACGUGCAGAUGGAGCACGCUGCCAUGUUCACUGAACGAGAGCAUGAGGAGGAUGUCCGGAUGAGCUCGGAUAUGCACUCGGUCAAAAUAUCUCCUUACGAAGAUGCUGGCCAACAUAAUCAGAUGAGUAUCAUGGAUACGACGAGACUUGAAAGCCACAACGAUCCGUCCAUGUCUUAUGGUCAGCAUUUAGAGCCAAUGGACUUCCAGAAUCCAGGCCCUAGUGUCCAUGACCCUGACCCCCACAACAUGAACUUUGCCCUCCCGCAAUUUGUGGAGGAUCAAGUCACUUCGCUCUUUUUUGAUCCAUCAACGAACAUCCCCGAUCCGGCACUGGACUUUGAGUGGUUGUUUGAUAACCUCUCUGCCGACCUGAAUUCUGCAGGUAGUGCCGGCAUGCCGUCCGUUACCUCCCCGUAUAGCAGUAUAUCAGCAACAGAAAUAUCUCCACCAGCACUACCCGUGCCAUCACCUGCACAUAUUCGCCAUCCAUUAUCACCUCAAUCAUCUCAAACAUCACCCUGGGUCGAGGUUCGCGCAAACUUAUUGAAAGCCUUGAACACCUUGGACCCGGAGAUAGCCAUGUCAUCAUUCUUUUAUCCGAGUAACCUAGCCGGAUUUUGGGAUUUAUACUUUGAGAAUUACCACCCUCACUUUCCGAUCUUACAUAAACAUACUCUCGACCCUGUACAGGCAUCUCCUCUCAUGGUUGCCGCUAUUGUUACGUUAGGGUCCACGUUGUCUGGAGACGCAGUACACUGGGAUGCUUCCAUAAAGAUUCACGAUACACUACGAUAUCUUAUUUUCGGAACUCCUGACUUUGAUCCUCCCGCAUCGCUAUGGUGCGUCCAAACUCUGUUAAUCAUACAAGCGCACGAAAAAAUGUUUUCUACCAGAAAACAUCACCAACUCGCACACAUCUUUCACGGUGCAAUCAUCACACUUAUGAAACGCGGUGUUGCAUAUCAAAACACCGCACAAACAUCCGGUAUAAGCCCAGUAGAGCAAUCAUGGCAUCAGUGGAUCGAAAUACAGGGCUCAAACCGAACCGCGUUCUUCGGUUUUGUCAUGGAUGCUCAGCAUAGCUUCAUGUUUGGCCACACGUGCAUUCUGUCUGUGCACGAUGUACGCUUACCAUUGCCAUGCGCAGAUGUACUUUGGGACUGUACCAAAGCCGAGGAUUGGGACCGGAUGAUGCGCAAAACACCCGAAUCGCCAGGCUUUCUACCUGUCUUGAAACGCCUGUUAGCACGAACGCCCAUUCCGCCACAUUGCAGUCCAUAUGCCCGCUUUAUUUUGUUACACGGUCUGUUCAGUGUAACCGCACACCUGAAAGCGCGAGACUCGGCGACGUUGGGCGUUGGACGCAUGUCAACAGCGAAUUCACCUCGUCUUGAUGCAAUCGAUACAUGGAAAGAAACCUUAGAACGCGCCAUGGAUACGUGGUCCUUCUCCCUCGUCUCACGGAGCUCAUCACUUGCGCUCGAAGCGUCGCGACCACUUCAUCGCAUGGCCUACGUGGCCAUAUACACCGACAUCAACGACAUACACAUCCUCGCCGGCGCCCCAUCUCUGCUAGGCAGUCUACUAUCCAAUAACGACCGCUUGAGAGCAACGGCCCGCGUACGCCUCUGGAGCGAAAGAGAAGAAUCGAAAAAGGCUCUUUACCAUUGUCUGUUGCUUAUACAAGAAACGAUAUUUACAGGCCAACUCUACCGCGCUACGAAGGAUAACAUCGCCCUGAGACCGUGGUCGAUAUACCACGCCUCACUCAUCCUUUGGGCAUAUGGCGCUAUGGCGCGGGAGCGAAGUCAACCACCGGAACCGACUCCAUCGAGAGGAAGGGAUAUGUCCUGUAGUGCUGAAGAAUAUCUCGUGCGCAUGCUGAUGUUACUUCGACACGAUUCGGCGGAUAUUGAUGUUGUGGCACAGCAGACUUCGGAAUUAUUGCAGGCGGUGCGCGAGAGUCUGGAGGGUUCUAGGUGGGAGUUGUUGCAGGAGGCGUAUGAUACGUUGGGGAGGCUAAUUGGGAUUGAAUCCAAUUGA